GGCUUGAACCAUUGUUAUAAAUUGUGAAGGGUAAUUGAUUGGCCAUCCAAUGACCCCACUACCCGCAAGUCUACACCCAGGUACCGAUAAGGCUAGACAUUAGAACUUGCUAUGAUGCAAAUCAUUUUCUAUUUGUCCUGUCCUGAGUGUCAAACAUAGGAGAACAACCGCUGGAUCUUUCAAGAUACAUAAUUCUUUAUCGCCUAUAUUUAUAUCUGACUGUAAGGGGGACGAACGCCGUAGUUAUGGCUAGUGGGAGCAAAAAAAGAGUAAUUGUCUCUCAAAAGCCAGAUAGUGUGGAUAAGCCAUACGCCAAUAAUUUUGACGCAGACCACAAAGAUUCUUCGACAGGAAGGCGGCCACCUCGGAGGAGACAUGUAAACGAUAUCAUAUUGGAGAGGUACGAGGAUAGAAGACGCUAUCAGGUACGACAGAAGAGAUAUGUAAAUGAUAUCAUAUUGGAGAGUUAUGAGGGACGAAGACACGAUCAAAAACGGCAGAGGGAGGUGAUCACGGUGGUCAACGCUCCACCUAUAUCAGGUCUCAUGACAAAUCUUCAGGUCUCAUUAGACUGCAUAGACGGUUACUUCGAACAUUGUCGCCAAAUGAAUAGUCAUACAGAGUUGACGAUGAUAGCGUCUGAACAUGUGGGAAGACCAACUGUAUACAUAAGUGGGACAUCAAAUCGGUCAAGUUCCAAUUUGAGGAACACCUUAAUUACUUGUUUGGGCCCACAUUCUCCAGCGUUUCCCGUACAACCUAAUUCCGAAUUUUAUCAACCUCUAGACCGAUCCACCGACCAGAUGAGACUUCUAGAACGAGUGGCAGUCCGUCCCGAAUCAACAAGUUGUUGUAACCUACCAGUCUUCAAGCUCGUCGUGAAGUCACUCAGCGACCUUGUAGAAUAUUCUGCGUUGUCCUACGCGUGGGGAGAGGAUUCUUCCCUAGAAUGUAUAGUUAUUAACGGCAGCCGAGUGGAAGUGCGAGCCAAUUUAGCAAAUAUCUUGGUACACAUCUGUCCAACCACUUCCUUCCUGUGGAUUGACGCCUUAUGCAUCAAUCAAGAUGAUGUAAAUGAGCGCAAUCACCAAGUCAUGCAAAUGGGCAGUAUCUAUAAGCAAGCAAGAGAAGUUAUAGUAUGGUUAGGUGAUAAUACUUAUCAAGGGUUCGGAAAGAAUGCGGAGACUUUAAUACCUGAUAUUGGACUUAGUUCCAUGAAAAGAUUGGCUGCAUUGCACAAAGAUCUAGCGUGCAAACCUUCUGGAACAGAUGUUACCGUCAAAACUGAUGAGCUUCGUCUGGGUGCAGAACUUGUAUCUCUUGGCGAAUUGUGUAGCAGACCAUAUUGGAAUCGCUUAUGGAUUGUGCAAGAAGUUCUUCUCGCUAAGGACCUGAUCAUUUGCUGGAGCAACAAACAUAGUCCAGGACUGAGAACUGUGGCCUGGGCAGAUUGGAGUCGAGCUAGACACACUUUGGAGAAUCUUAAGUCUUCAAUUGGCCCGAGUUGGGAUAGAGAGCUUAAGAUGAAAGCCAUUGAGACUAUACUAGAGAGUGCACCCGCAAAUUUCGACAGACUCCGAGAGACUGGCAAUCAAAAUUGGCCUUUGAAUUCAUUGCUAGAGAUGUUUGCGAGUUCCGAAUGCCAAGUCCAAGCCGAUAAAAUAUAUGGUCUUCUAGGAAUAGUCAGUGACACAGAACUCUGCAAUUUUCCUGUAGAUUAUGCUCGACCUUUGUUUGAUACAUAUGUUGAAAUUCUUAAUUGCUAUGCUCAAACACGGUCAAGAGGCUCACCAGCACUCGAUGUCGUCAGAUUGAGUCAGAGUCUACAGCUUGCAUGGAAUGGUCUCAUCCCAACGCCUGGAAUGGCUUUGGAGUGGUGUGAAGUAGAAAAAAUGAACCAGACAGAAUUGUUCCAUUGCCGUGGUUAUAUGGAAGGCUUUGUUGUCGCGUCUAAUAUCACGAAGGAUGACCUUCCUCAAAGAUUGAAAGUGGAACUGCCGGAGAUUAAAAGCACAUGGAAGAUUCUCUCAAGCAAAAUUAGAGGUUUGGAUUCCUGUAGCAAGAAGCACUUAAAGGGUUUCGACAGUAAAUUUAGUUACGCCACGAGAGAAAAUUUACCGCAAUGUAAUGUCGGAGAGUCUGUGACUAAAGAAACCUUGGACAGAUCAAACAAAGUUCACGAAACAGGAUUUUUUAUAUCUAGUACAGGAGACUUUGGCAUUGCUUCAGCUGAAGUCCGGAAGGAUGAUUUCAUCUGUUGUUUGAAAGAUGCUGACACCACACUGAUCAUUCGUCAAAGGCGUGACCAUUACCCACUCGUUAGUAGAGCGGUAAUGACUUCUUAUGCAGACAAUAUUUUAAAAUUUGGAGGACACGCAAAGAAUACCAAGCACGAUGCUCUCAAUCUCUUCCUUGACUUAUUAACACUGCAGGCAGUGACGUACCCAAUUAAGUUAAAGGAAGGGAUUCCAUACUGGGAAAGUCUUACAAUGAAAGAUGCAAUUUCUAAACUUAGGGUACUUGAUACGUCGAAUAUGUAUAAUUCCCAACGUCCUCGAGGGGAGCCCAUUGUUAAUACGAAAAUUAAUUCGAAAAAAUCGACGCUGGUGAUACACUAUGGAUAAGAAAAAUACGACACAUGCUACAGUCGGUGAUGGCGAUGGCGAUGGCAUUGGCGAAGGUGAAGAGCGCACUACUACCAUUCGCUUCACGGCGUAUUUUUUUACCCACUACCUGCUGCCUUCCAGAGUGAUCAUGAACUGUAUUUCUCUUGAUUCUGCAGAACUUAAGUAUGGUCAUUGGACAUGGUGUGAUAUGCCGACUAGGAAUUUAAUACUUAGUUACA